AUGGCGACAGCAUCGUCCCUAUUUCCACCCUUCCUCACCGGCUCACUCUUCGGUGCCGCCCUCCUACUCGCCACCGUCCACACACCCACCAUAAUCCUCUCCCAACUACGUCUGCAAUCAACCCACAUGCUCAAAGCCUUCCUCACCGCAUCCUCCUGCAGCGCAAUCAUCAUCUACAUCUCUCACCGUCUAGGAUUCGCCAAACUACCAUGUCGAACGAACACGAGCUACGGCUGGUUCGGAAGCUACGACGCCAACCUUGUGGGUGGGCUGUUACAGGGGUUGGGAAUGGCGCUUACGGGGGCGUGUCCAGGGACGGUGCUGGUGCAGUUGGCGCUGGGAAUAGAGAGCGCGAAAUGGGUGGCGUUGGGAGGUGUGCUUGGUGGUAUGGCGUUUGUGUUUGUGGGAGACACAUUGAGGCGCAAAGUGCCAAGGACUGAGGUGCGGGAGCACACCGUCAUGCAGCGAUUGAAGGUGUCCGAGGAGGGUGCGGUGCUGGGAUACGAAGUGAUGCUGAUUUCUGCUAUUGCUUUCGUCGAUCGCUUGGGACUAUCGAAGAGUCGCGAGAAUGUCUGGGUUGAUCCUGUGAGAGGUGGUUUACUGAUCGGGCUUGCGCAGGUUGCUUCGGUAUUAUUGUGCAAGAAAACAUUAGGUGUCAGCUCAGCCUACUCUGAUAUCGGGAAACAGCUGCAAUCGGUCCUGAAAGGCAAGAAGCUUAGCGGCGAACUAGGCAACAUCUGUUUUGCCUUGGGAGUCAUGGCUAGCGCGAAGUUGAUAAGCCUGCAGGUUCCUGUUGUUGCUGACAGUGGUGCUCAUGCCGUCAGUCUUCUUCAGGCACUACUCGGAGGGUUUGUGGGCAUCUUUGGAGCAAGAAUGGCAGGAGGGUGUACCUCCGGGCAUGGAAUCAGUGGUAUGAGCACACUCAGUAUCUCGAGUUUUGUGACAGUUGCAGGAAUGUUUGGUGGUGGAAUUCUGUUCAGGCUGCUAUUAGAUACAUUGCAUUACUAG